GAGAAAAACAAACAAAAAAGAAAGAGUGAGAAAGAUUUUCCUUCAACUCUCUCUACUUUGCUUGUAGUUUGCAUUCUCUUUUUCUUGCUUUUUCAAUUUCCCUUUUGUCCAUCUUACACCUUGAUGAAUUCUCAUCACUGAAACUCUCUGCACUUGCUGUUCUAGACUUCCUAUAAACAAAAUAAUACACAAUUUUUAUUACAUCUUUGUUCAUAUGCAUCUAAUCAUCAUUAAGAAGAAUCCCUCCCAAGUCAUCCAAACCAAACACAGUCUUAAGGUAUCUCUUGUUUCUUCUCCUAUUUCUAUGAGUUCUUCCUCUUUUUUUCCAAUCAAAUGCUUACCAAAUUCCUAUAAUCUCACUAUAGCUUGAAGGUUUUUUGUUUUUUUUUUGGUUUUUUGAACAUGGGUUUUCUUUUCUUUGUUACAUUGUUUGGUUUCCUGGAAAUUUCUUAGCAGGAAAAAAGAGAAAUUUCAUUUGCUAGAUAGAUAAGUAGUCAUAUAUAGUGAAUAAAGCUUGUCAUGGCACUAUUUGACAAACCCAAAACUUGGAUUCCUUAUGUGAACAGCAAAGACUGUUCUCAAGGAUUUUGUAGCCUCAGCUGCCCACAAUGGUGCUACAUCAUCUUCCCUCCACCACCACCACCACCUCCUAUUGAUGAGUUCCCUGCUGAUAAUUCAAGCCCAAUCUUCUCUCCUCUUGUCAUUUCAAUCAUUGUGGCUAGUGCUUUUCUUCUAGUAAGUUACUAUAUUAUAAUCUCCAAGUAUUGUGGAAACAGUAAUAAUUCAGCAAGAGUAAGAGAAAAUCAAGAUCUUAUUGAUCAAGUUGAAUUGGAAAACAAUCACAACCCAUCUCUUCAUGAACCUUGGCAUGUUUCCACAACUGGGUUAGAUGAAAUUAUAAUAAAAUCAAUCACAAUGGUUAAGUACAAAAAGGGAGAUGGUUUGAUUGAAGGAACAGAUUGUUCAGUUUGUCUCAGUGAGUUUCAAGAAGAUGACAGCUUAAGGCUUUUGCCUAAAUGCAGCCAUGCCUUUCAUGUCUAUUGUAUUGAUACUUGGCUUAAAUCUCACUCAAAUUGCCCUUUGUGCCGUGCCAAUAUUGUCUUUAUCACUCCUUCUGCUCCGCCUCCAUUGCCUUCUCCUCCUCCACCAUUAACAGAGAUUCUUCAACCCAAUGAAUCAUUUCAAGAUAGUCUCAGAACUCAUGGACAUGCAGCUGCUACACAGGACGUCGAAAGGAUUGUUGCAGAAGAAGAAACUGUGCAGAAUACUAAUGAAGGAACUUCGAAGAGACCGUUACGUGUGUUCAGUGAUCUGGGGAACUUGCAGGAGAGAAAUGCCAUAAUUCAGAUUAGAGAUGAAAGGUAUGAAGCCAUUAGAAGAUCAUUUUCAAUGGAUCAUCCAUGUCAAAAUCAUUGUUUAGCUGCUGAUAUUAUCCAGAUGAACCAAGAUGAAGUUAUUGUAGUGGAAGAUUGCUCAUCAGGAGAUGCUGCUGAAUCAUCUAAGCAUUCAGCAAGAGUCAUUGGCAAGCAUAGCCAUAGAAGUAGAGUAUUGCAUUAUGUACUGAGUCCUGUUAGAAUGAAAAGAUCAUUUUCUAGUGGAAGAUUCUUCCUCAAUAGACAUGGAAGAGCUGUUUAGAAAGAUAUGAAAAAUACUUACCGUUGAACAAUUAUAAUGGUUUAUAUACAUUGAUGAAGAAAUUUAAGUGAGAUUUUAGCUUCAAAUGUUCAAUUUUGUGUUGGUUUGUUUAUGGAUUUAUAGUUACUUUUAUAAUAAAAUUUCAAU